AUGCCGCGAACUCAUCACGCGGCAGUUUGCAACUUCUCGUCCGACGCUGUUGCCAAACUAAAUACCACUUUAUUAAUUUCAGAAACACUCUAUUGUAUUACUCGUACUACAAAAAUAUUACAGAAGCACAAUGAACCAAUGCGAUUGGUUUAUAAGGUUAGAGGCGAGUCUUUGGUUUAUUCACCGCAAGUCGACUGGCAAAUUUCCCCCGAGUGCCGCCCGCACCUGUUCACAACUCAUUCAGAUUUCAAAAGACGUGAACCUAUUACGAUGCAGCGCGGCCUCGCGGGACGUGCUCUGCGCUACAAGCGCGGAGGGAUGCUGCGUCUCUCUCGGCGUCUCCCGGCGUCGGCUAAUUGCUUAAUGUACUAUGGUCUC